AUGGGUCCACCCAUCGAUGCAAUGGCACGCCCACCUCAGAAGAUUUUGUGCUCGCUAACCAACCACCUCUUCUGCAGGAUCAUACGCAUAACCUUCACGAUCCCCGUCUUCGCCAUACUCGCCUUCCUCGGUAUCCUCCUCGAGUCGCGGGCCGUGUACUUGAUACCGCUGACGGAGGUGUACGAGUCGUUCGCGCUCGGUGGGUUCUUCUUCCUGCUGUGUGCGUGGAUCCAUCCCAAUGGUUCGGAGAGAGAGAGGAUCUUGAACCGGGAGGGGAAGUUGGGGAUGUACAAUAGAGUGUGGUUCUUUGUGUUUCAGCAACCAUUUGUCAUGAUCGUUCUCGUUGUGGUGCAAGAGAUCACGCAGGCCGCAGGGGUGUUUUGCGCGACGAGUAAGAACAUACAGUUCGCUCAUGUCUGGAUAUCAAGCUUUUCAUCCGUCACGACAACCUUCGCAAUAGGAGCGGUGCUACGAUUCCAUGGCGCUACGAAGCAGAUGACCGCACAACAGAAACCCUUGCUGAAGCUCGUGUCAUUCAAGGGAAUAGUGUUCCUGUCUUGGAUCCAGUCGGUACGUACAUCCCUGACAGAUUUCCCGUACUCGUAA